UCUUUGUCAAAGUGGUUGUUCACACAUCGACUGCCUGCGAGCCAAACAACAGCCAAACAACAGCCAAACAACAACAAUACAAACAACAACCAGAUCUCCUUUAGAGGUUCAAGAGAUGCUUCCCAAAACUAUGAAGAUGGCUUUAGCGGAAAUGUUGGAGAACCUGACGGAACGCAACUUGGAAAAGUUCUGCCACCAGCUUCUGGACCGCAGAGGGGAGCAGAAGGUCCGGACCUGCCGCGUGGAGGGUAAGUCCCGCUUACAGAUCGUGGACGUCCUGGUGUCCACGUUCACGGAGCCCGGAGCCGUGCGCGUGUCCGUGGAGAUCCUGAGACAGAUCCACUGCAACGAGGAAGCGGAGCAGCUUGUCACAGCGACAACUGGAGGACACUAGGACACCUCUCAGGGACAACUGGAGGACAGGAGACACCACUGGACAGGAAACACUCUAUGCUCAUCCAGGACAUGGACAGCGUCGCACCAUAUUGGACAAACUAUCCAGCAACAAUAUCCAUAAGAUGGAUGUCUGCAGAAACCAACUUGAAAGACAAAUCAAUAUUUUGUACUUAUUCAUAAUAAACAGUCUUCCUUGGG